GGCAAGCUGUGUUUAUUGUUUUUGUGUUUGUGUUGUGCGUCCUGUAAAUGGGAAAAUGCCGUCGAAAGGAAUACAGGGCAUUGAAGAGCCCGGCAAGCGAAGAAAGCUGAAUGUGUCGGCGAAACUGGAGAUCUUGAAGAGAGUUGAUGAGCGUCCCAACACGACGAAGAAGGCCUUGGCCAAGGACCUAGGUUUGCCAGUGACAACUUUGCAGCAAAUAAUCAAAGAUCGGGUGAAGAUUGAGAAUGCAGCAACACUGGGAAAUCUUGAACAACACCGCAUGAAGGCUCCUAAAUACCCAGAAUUAGAAAAAGCGCUGGUGCAGUUCAUAACCCAAGCCAGGUCGAUGCCUGUGAAAAUUCCUGUGAAUACCAGACUUCUCAAGACCCAAGCAAAAACAAUUGCUCUCAGGCUUGGAAUCACUGACUUCACUGAAAGGUCGGGAGGGUGGUUGAGCAGGUUUAAAAGACGCAACCGAAUCCUCUUCCGCAAGGUGUCGGGUGAGUCGGCCGACGUUUUCGACGAUACUGUUGACGCUUGGCGAAGACGUGUGCUCCCAUCGCUUCUCAAAGGAUACGAACUGAAAGACAUCUACAAUGCCGACGAGUUUGGACUUUUUUUAAAUCUCCUACCUGAUAGAACAAUGUGCUUCUCAACAGAAGAGAGCUCUGGCAACAAGCAAUCAAGGGCUCGCUUGACCAUCCUGCUGGGCUGCAACGCUGAUGGGACGGACAAAUUGAGGCCGUUAGUGAUUGGAAAAGCGAAAAACCCUCGUUGUUUUGCAAAGAUACGCUCACUGCCAUGUGAUUACUCCGACCAAGUUAAUGCGUGGAUGACAACAGACGAAUGCACCCGGUGGCUAGAAAAGCUAAACAACAAAAUGAGAAUCCAGAAAAGGAAGAUAGUGCUGCUGUUUGACAACUGCCCCUCGCACCCUCAACAAAUCCAACUGUCAAAUGUCAAGAUGGUCUACUUGCCAAAGAACACAACAUCAAAGCUCCAGCCCUGUGACAAAGGAAUCAUAAAAAAUGUGAAGCAUUACUACCGAACUCGCCUGGUGCAGCGGCUCUGCAAUCUCAUUGGAAAACCCAAUGUUGAAAGAAAAGACUGCUUGGUAAAUGUUUACCAGGCUCUUCACUUUCUUCAGUGGGCUUGGAAUCAAGUUAAGGCCGAAACAAUUGCCAAUUGCUUCAAGAAGGCGGGUGUGAGGGAAUUCACCGAAGCAGAUUAUGCAGUGGAUGACGCUGAGAGUGCGGAGGGGUCGCUGAAUUCAUUUCUGACGAGAUUUGAUCGUGAAAGGCACCCUAAUGGGCGGAGCCAGAUUUGA